UUGAUUCUUCGUGAGUAAGUUAGCCCAACCUAACCUUCCUUCAUCACAGGGCCCCCACCACUCCUUUGUUCUCCCUAUAAAUCCUCCUCCCUCACACUUGUUCCUUCCCUUUCCUCCUCCCUUCCUCUCUCCUGUUCAAUCUUUCUUUCUCUUUUCUCGAUUAAUUUGCUAGCUUUUUCAUUAUUUAUAGAUGUUACUUUCUGUGGAAGAUGUGUCCUUUCAAUUACCGGUUCUUGAAACCGGGUUCACCUGUGAUGAGGUUGAAGAACUAUUGUCUCUCUUAUCAUCAGAAGAUUCGGGUACCCCAAACUCCGGCUCGGAGGGGUCAAACCGAGAGGCCUACACAGUUGACGAGAAAAAGCGAAGGCGCAUGAUAUCAAACCGGGAGUCAGCAAGGCGGUCCCGCUGGCGAAAGAAGAGGCAUUUAGAGAACCUGACGGAGGAGUUGAACCAGUUGAAAGUACAGAACCGAGAGCUGAAAACCAAAUUAAGCUGGGCUUUGAGUAAGAGUCAACUAGUAUGGCGAGAGAAUGAGCAGUUAACAUCUGAGUUUGUAGCUCUGUGGGGAAAACUCUCCCAGUUAAACCAAAUUUCAGCUGCCAUGCACUCACAAUAAACCUAAAAAAACUUAGAGCUCUCUCUCUCUGUAUGCAUGCAUGUUGGACCAAAUAGUCUCGUGGGUCCAUCAAAAAAUAAAAUUGUUUUUUCGGAAGAAAAAUGUGGUGGAAUUAUGAGGACAAUAUUAAUGGUAGUUGAGCAGCAGCUAAUGAUUGAUCAUCCCAUGUAAAUUAAUUUAGUAAUUAUAAUCAUCUUUCUAUUGCCAACCAGUAAA